GUUUUUAGUUUGCGUUGAAUUUUCGAAGAAGUCGGUAACACUUUUAUUGUCGCGAUAACCAUAAAGGAUAAUGCUUAUGGUUUGUUCUGUAUGUGAAAUGGAUCGAUACUAUUUUUUGAAUUAAUUAAAUAGAAUCGUCGAAAGAUUAGUGUACGGUGUGUUACGUGUGUCAACGAACAAACUGAAUGUUAAUUGUUCCAAAAACGAUAUCGUUAAAAUGUUGUGCUUCAAGUGAUUUUUUUCCAUUAUUAAAUUCUACAUUAAAUUGAAAAGCAUCGACCAAAACAUGUAAACAAAUACAUUGUGUGUCCAUAUCGUAAAUAAAACAGUUCGCACCAACAAUCAUUUCGGUGAAAAUAAAAACAAAAUAGUUGAAUGCUCAUCAAAAUUACAUUAAAAUUAUCGUCAAACAAAAUACAACCACCACAAUCGAUUGUUAUGAAUUCAUAUCACCAAUAUUAUUGAAUUCGGGACAGUCAUAAUAAUACGACAGAAAAGUUACUUUUAAACGUCGUUUAACAAACAAGUGUAAUUUGAUAUUUGAUGUAACUAACAACGAAAAACAAAUAAAAAAUUGGAAGUGUAAAUAAACCAGUAAUAACAGAAUAUUACCCUGUAAACACAAGUGUGAUUAACCAAUCAAGGUGAAAAAGGUCGAAAUUAUUCGCUCGUUUUGUUUCGAUUGAGAGAGAAAUAAAAGAAAGUUCAUUUUUUUCGUUCGGUGUGCCGGGGCGUCGUAGUAAAUCUGGAGACCGUUAUUCUAAAUAAUUUUGAUGAUACCCACGCAAGUGGUUCGGCUCCAUGUUUGACAACGGUUGAGGCGGCACUAUUGACCAGCGAUCCGAUAGUAGCACCCCAUCAACAUUCACACACCGUUGGCAGCAAUAACAUACACAACACGGCUCUUGCAAUGAGCCAGUUGGGUACGGUUUAUGCAACGAAACGACGGCGACGCAAUGGAAAAAGUCUCAAACCGCCACCAAAGGAUGGAGUCACAAAGAGUAAUCCAUCGAAAAGGCAUCGAGAGAGGCUAAAUGCUGAACUGGACCUGCUGGCUUCACUGCUGCCAUUUGAACAAAAUAUUCUUAGUAAAUUGGAUCGACUGAGCAUACUUAGAUUAUCGGUUAGCUAUUUAAGGACAAAGAGCUACUUUCAAGUAGUAAUGCACAAAGAAAAAGAAGAAAAUGGAAUGCUGUCCCAUAUGCAUCAUCAUGAUACAUAUAGAUCAAGGGAGCUGGGAGUUUUUGAGAACGGAUUGCUGGACGGCGAAAUGUUUUUACAGGCACUGAACGGGUUCCUAAUGAUCCUGACAUGUGAAGGUGAAGUGUUUUUUGCCACUCAUAGCAUAGAGAGCUAUUUGGGAUUCCAUCAGUCUGACAUUGUCCAUCAAUCAGUCUACGAACUUGUUCAUUCCGAAGAUCGCGAAGAACUGCAACGUCAAUUGCUGUGGAAUUCCUUUCUACCAACCGACUUGUCUGGUAUGCAACUAUCCGAAGCGCUAGCACCCGAUCGAACGAACAUCUUGGAACGCAGUUUCACCGUACGAUUUCGAUGUCUUCUGGAUAAUACGUCAGGUUUUCUUCGAUUGGACAUUCGGGGGAGAGUGAAAAUACUUCACGGUCAGAAUCGGAAAACCGAAGAUCCGCCGCUCGGUCUGUUCGCAUAUUGUACUCCAUUUGGUCCGCCUAGUUUAUUGGAAAUUCCGCAGAAAGAAAAUAUGUUUAAGUCAAAGCACAAAUUGGAUUUCUCACUAGUGUCGAUGGAUCAACGGGGGAAAUCGGUUCUGGGCUAUUCGGAUUCGGAACUGGCGAAUAUGGGAGGCUAUGAUUUGGUGCAUUACGAUGACUUGGCUUAUGUGGCCAGUGCACAUCAAGAGCGUAAGUUCAUUCAAAAAUCAGUUGGUCAUAAUCUCACUAAGCAAAUAAAAUUCACGACAGUCCUGAAAACUGGUGCGUCGGGCAUGAUUGCAUAUCGGUACCAGAAGAAAGACGCGGAAUGGCAAUGGCUCCAAACAAGUUCCAGAUUAGUUUACAAAAAUUCAAAACCAGACUUUGUGAUAUGUACUCAUAGGCAAUUAAUGGACGAAGAAGGACGAGAUUUGCUCGGAAAACGCACUAUGGAUUUUAAAGUUAGCUAUUUAGAUACUGGAUUGGCAUCGACCUAUUUCUCCGAAUCAGAUCAAUUAAUUAUACCACCAAGUGGUUCGCCAAAUUCGUUACCAGCGCCAGUUACUCCCCAACGAACGACUAGACGAUACAAGACACAAUUGCGCGAUUUUCUUUCCACAUGCCGAUCAAAACGUAAAUUGCAACAGCAGACUGCUAUCGGACAAGUCACACCACCUGCUCCAGUAGUUGAAUAUAUUGCCGAUCCAGCCGCUGCUGUCGCUGCCGCCUAUUCCAAUUUAAAUCCAAUGUAUUCGGCUUCUCCAUAUGCUCCAACAGCCGACAAUAUCUACAUGACUCCAUCGGUUCAUUCGUCGAACUUCUAUCCAGUCACUGACAACCUAUUCCAUCAAUAUCGCCUCCAAGGUGUGAGUGGAUACUAUCCCGAAUAUCAUCAUUCACCAGCAUCAGCAUCGUAUGUUACCAAUGGCUUCCUAUCAUACGAUGGUUACGGCAUACCGACCAAAGAAGAAAAGUGGCAAGAAGGGGGGAAAUAUUAUUCCAGUCAUGACGUAUCUAGUCGUAGUGUUUAUUCGGGUUAUGGAAGUCCAACUGGACCGACGCAGAUGACACAACCACCAUUGAAGACUCCAAAAUCAUCGCCUCCCGUGAUGGAAGUGGCACCAUGUUCAUCAGGAGGCCAGUCGCCUGUUACAAGUCGCACACCAACCAAUCCAUUGAUUCCGGUGACUAAUAGCUCAACUAAUAAUCCAACACCAAAUUCAAAUAGCGCAACAGCUCACACACAAAACGGUAGCAGUGCCCUAACAAUUACACCGAAAGUCGAACAUUCUCCGCCAGAGCACUACGAACGACAAACGGUAUUGAUGUGGGGCUCAGCAUCAAAUAGCAAUUCAUCGCAUCGAUCGCCCAGCACAACGCCAACGUCAAACGGAAUGUACAACGAAACCCAUCACAUGAAACUAUCCAAUCAAAUGGUCAUGUCGCCCGUGAUGGAUGACCAUCAUAAUGCUCAUUUGAAGUGGAAUGGCGGCAGUAAAGUGAUUCCAUCCAGCGAAGUUCAAGUAUAUCAAAUUCAUCCGCACCAAGAUGUUGAUGGUUCAAUGUAUGCACACGUCGCUCAAUCACCGCAUUUGUCUCAACAUUCCGGUCACAUUGUUGCGUCCGAUCAAUCGGCAUUGCAUCAUUCACCACAAAACCAUCAUCAUCACAGUGUGUUGCCGAGCCAGCAGCAACAGCCGAUUGGAAGUAGCUGCGAGGUAUGGAGUCCUGCGUACUCGCAAUACCAGUAUUUCACUUAUCACCAUGCUCCACAGCACGCUAGCACUCAGUCAUCAUUGGUCGACACAACCCAAUCACAUUGUCUAUCUCGCAGCAACGGUUACAUGGAACCGUCGCAUCACCAACACGGCACAAUAUCGCCAAUAUCACCGCUCACGCAGCUCUCGCAUACCCAUCCAUCGCGUACACCGAUAACGCGGACGGGAGUCCUUUGUUGUCCUUCUCUGAGGUGACAAACACAUUACUAAACCAAUGAUUGUGUAGAUAGACAGUUGACUCGGUGUGAAUUUUUGAUUUUUUUUCAAUUAUUGGAUGAGUUUUCAAUGACACGAUGACCUAUCGGUAUAACUGAAACGUAUUGUAUAGUGGUAUGUGUGCAAUGUUUAUUUUUUAUCUGAGUUUUUGUUUUAAGUUUCUAAUUUAACCGGUGAAUGCAGUGAUCGCUUCGCGGCAACUGUGAAAUUCAUUGAGCAAAAUAAUCAAAAGAAAGAGUAGAAAUGAACAAAAUUGUAAAUAAUUGAAAUUUUGGUAUUUAUAAUGAAGUCACGUCCCAUAUAGCGGGUGGGGCAGAAACAUUCGUUUUUGUAUUUUAUCAUAUAUAUUAAAACAACAUCCAAACUGUGUGUUACAGUUUCUUUCCAGCAAUUUUCCCAAAUAGUUUAUUUUCCCCUCUCCCAAAAAAUCAAAGCGAAAAUUCUUCCAAAAAUGUAAAUGCAGUUGUACAACGACGGCUAGUCGAAGUAAAUUCUCAUCGUAUCCCCAAUG